GACUGACAGCCCAGCCCCAGAGCCCCCCUCAAUAAAUGGAAAUCCACCUCCAUGGCCACACGUGGAGGCAGGGGAUGAGGAAUGGCAAAGCUUAGCUAGGUGUAAAUGAGGGAGCUGUAACUUCUCUUCCAAAUAGGCGUAAGUGUUAAAUGCCAGUCACUAACAGAUAUGUAUCUGCAUGGGCAAAUUAAUACUGUGAAUAUAAUUUUAGGGGCAGUCCUAUUUUUAGAAUUUCUUUACUUCCUAAAGUGGGUAAGGCUGCUCCAUCAGAGAGCUGGGAUGGAGGAAUGGUGCUGGGAUCAAGAGGUGAUCCCUGCUUUUGAGGAAAGAAGGAAAAGACCCACUGUCUGCGGGGGCGGGGGCGGGAGGAUGGUGCCUCUCUCUGAAAGAGAAGCCUUCCCAGUCCAACUGCCCAGGGCAACGGCUGCCCAGUUCCCAAUCGCCCCGUUUUGGAGAGGCGGGUGGAGUGUCAGCUGCGGGGAACUGAGCGACCCCUCCCGGCUGGCAGGCGGGGCCAGGCAGGGGCGAGCCAGCAGCCUUGCUCGGCCUGUGCGGAAGCAGGCGGGACAAAGGGAAGAGCAUGGCGGAGCAGGAGCCGGAGCCUCUGCGCCUGAAGCGGCUGCACGGCGGCUUCUUCGCUGUGCCAGCUGCACACCGGCUGGGAAGAUGCCGGAGCGUCAAGGAGUUUGAGAAGCUCAACCGGAUCGGGGAAGGGACCUACGGCAUCGUGUAUCGUGCCCGAGAUACACAGACGGGCGAGAUUGUGGCUCUGAAGAAAGUGCGGAUGGACAAAGAAAAAGAUGGGAUCCCCAUCAGCAGCCUGCGAGAAAUCACCCUGCUGCUGAAGCUCCAACACCCCAACAUUGUGGAGCUGAAGGAGGUGGUGGUCGGCAAUCACCUGGAGAGCAUUUUCUUGGUGAUGGGCUACUGUGAGCAGGACCUGGCCAGCCUCCUUGAAAACAUGCAGGCUCCCUUCUCAGAAGCCCAGGUGAAGUGCAUCAUUCUCCAGGUUCUCCAUGGUCUUCAGUACCUGCACAACAACUUCAUCAUCCACAGGGACCUCAAGGUGUCCAACUUACUCAUGACCGACAAAGGUUGUGUGAAGACAGCGGACUUUGGGCUGGCUCGUGCUUACAGGGUUCCCCUGAAUCCGAUGACUCCAAAAGUGGUGACACUGUGGUACCGGGCUCCUGAGCUCCUCCUAGGCACGACCACACAGACCACGGCCAUCGACAUGUGGGCGGUGGGCUGCAUCUUGGCGGAAUUGCUGGCCCAUAAGCCUCUGCUGCCUGGGAGCUCCGAGAUACAGCAGGUUGAUCUGAUUGUGCGUCUGCUGGGCACUCCAAACGAGACCAUCUGGCCUGGCUUCUCCAAGCUGCCCCUGGUGAGCCAAUAUACCCUCCGCAAGCAGCCCUACAACAACCUGAAGCACAAGUUUGCGUGGCUGUCCGAGGCCGGACUCCGGCUACUGAACUUGCUCUUCAUGUUCGAUCCCAAGAAAAGAGCAACAGCUGGAGACUGCUUGGAGAGCUCUUACUUCAAGGAAAAGCCAUGGCCCUGCGAACCGGAGCUGAUGCCAACUUUCCCCCAUCAUCGCAACAAGAGGGCUGCCCCGAGCACGGGAGGGGAGUGCCUGGGCAAACGUAGCAGGCCCUGAGAUGGUGGCUUGGAGGGCAUCUAAAAGGUAGGGCAGGAUCACAAAAGAACAGGUGGGUCUUCGCACAUGGUAUUUUCAGGGAUGCCAACACAAACAUCAAAAGUAAGUCAAAUCAGGGCCAGUUGCUCCGUUAAAAAACUAGAUAAAAUGUACAUUUUAGUUAUCUAUUCUCUGGUUAAAUCUGCUGGGAAUGUCUUUUUGAAGAGGGGGGUGUGUGUUUCUGUCUGCCUCAUCUGCAAUCAGUUCUCCUGUCACUGCCUUCUUUCACCCAUGCCUGUUUUCUGCAAAGUGCUUUUCAGGGGCUGGAGAUGGCCCAGCGAUGGCUGGAGGAAAAUGGCUGUGUCCAGGACCCUCUUGCCCUUCGUGGAGACUUGCGUCAGCAGCAAAGCACCAUCCCCCUCCUCUUCUGCGCCCUGGAGGGGAUCCUCGGUCCCUCUGCCCUGCGGCUAAAGGUUGUAGCUCGGCCUGAACCUCCCAGGAGCAACCAGAUCCUUUUCUUCUCUCAGCUCUUGUCAAAAACAAGCAGCUGCUCUGGACGUUGAGAGAACAAGCAAAGCAUUCCUGCUGGAGCAGUGAAGAGGGGAGAAAACCUCCAGGCCUGCAACAUUUCUGAAACUGCUGCAAGUUAAAGGGCAGGUGGGAACCACCUUCCCCCUGGCAGACCUCAGGAUGCCUCCUAGGUUUGGAGUGGGGGCCUCCCAAGGAGCUGCUUCUCGCCCUGGCUCGGCUCCCUGACCACUUUGGAAGAAGGGCCCUCGUUUCAAUAAAGACUUUUCUACCAGCCUAA